AAGAGCGUCGUUUGGUUUAUGUUGAUUUUUAAAGUUACACAAGCAAGAGAGAUGCGGUUUUACAACAGGGACGCUUUCACAACUGUACACAAGGUUUAAUGCUGACAUUCGUCACUCACUUCCACCGGUUAACGUUACACCUGUGGCAACAGAGCUUUCUUUGAAGGGAUUAUUACAGAAAAAUAUCACAAACAUUCAAUCUGGAAAUCAUUUGACAGACUCGUACACGCCUUCUCUCUUUCGACAAUAACCGUGAAAGAAACACAAGCUUAUUUUCGCGUUUCACAAGCCUCUUUAAGUGAUGUAGCCAGACAUUAUUGGGAGUAUACCGGUAUACUAACGUGAUUGUCUCGGUCGUCGCAAACAAGUAGCUUACAGCCACAGGCUCCGGAGCGUUACCGCUUGUAUUGGGGACAAGUGUGGCCAGUGAGGUCUUCUUUUAUUUCAGCCAUGGAAGUGAGUUCAGUGAUCUUAACCACCGGGAGCUCUGUCGGAUUUUUCAGACUCGUCAACGUUGUGGUCAGAAAACUGCCCAUGCCUGAAUCUGCCUGCAGGAAUGCCUGGAAAUGGAGAAAUAUAUCUACAUCAUUCAUGCACAGUUUUAUCACUGCGAUAUGGGCAGUGCUUUGCUUCUUCCUUCACCCACAGAUGGCUGAAGAUUUGAUAGAAACUCACUCUGUGUUUUCUCACGCUUUGGUGUCUUUUUCGAUCGGUUACUUCAUCAAUGACUUCCUCGACAUGGUGGUGAACCAGAAGCUGAGUCAGUCCUGGGAGCUUCUCUUUCAUCACAUUGUGGUGAUCACCUGUUUCGGCCUCUCCGUGCUGACUUGCCACUACGUGGGCUUUGCUGUGGUGGCUCUGCUGGUAGAGAUAAACUCAGUGUUCCUCCACCUCAGGCAAUUGCUGCGAAUGGCCAGCAAUGCCACAGGCACGCUGUACCGGGUCAACAGCAUCGUCAACCUGGGCACAUAUGUGGUGUUCCGUAUCAACACACUGGCCUGGAUGACCCGCUGGCUGGUGCUCAACAGGGACAACGUGCCCCUCCUGGCCUACACACUGGGCAGCGUGGGUAUGGCCAUCAUGACCGCCAUGAAUAUUAUUCUGUUUUGUCGCCUACUCAGGAGUGACUUUUUGAAGAGCAGCACUCGGGAGAGCAAGAAAGAGAAGGAGAUGUAGAAAGGAGGGAGAUGAAGGGACACAAAAAGGAUCAUAAUUCAUAAACCAACUCAUAACUGUAUGUUAACGACCUGUGGCUGAGAUUUGGUACCGUUUUGCUUGUGUGUAAUAUACUCAAAGCUGGGAGAUGAAGGGAUAUUUUUAUCUCUCAUACUGUACAGGUACAUGAAUACAAGUUGUAAUCAACUAGCCUUACAUCAAAAACAGAUCACACUCAGGCAUUAUGUCACAUUAUGUUGUGGUUUUAACUUUAAGCUUGUGUGUGGUUCCAUCAUCCUAAAGUGCUAUUAGUGGCUCACUAAUAGUAAAUGGAGGCUCUCUCAUAUGAACAAUGGAAGGCCUUGUACAAUGACACCAAACGCCUUAUUUCCCACAGGGUGUUUCAGCUAAAUCUGUUGUAAAUGUAGCUUACAGUAAGUGAAGACGCACGUUUGUAAAACGAAACCUCCAACACAUACAUACAACACUUAUACAUAUGUCCAUAGGAAACAUGCAAAAAAUAUCUUAAGAAUAACCUAUUAUUUAUAUAUAUUAUAUUAUACCAUUGUGGGUUAUAUAAAAUCUCACGUAACGGAAUCCAAUCCCUCUUGUUGUUUAACACGACCAUUGCAGAGGUGAUUAUAUCUUUUUUUUUUUCUUUAACAAAUCUCAACUAAAAACUGCGUGCUACCUCAAAAGGGUUGUAUCAAUUCUUUGCUUCACUCUUACACAAGCUUUGCUGUCAGUGUUUGGCAGGUCCUUUGUUAUUAGAGAAGAAAAAUGUCAAGACAUUUUCUUUUAUUUAAAAAUGAUAUUUGUCUGUGAGGAUAUGCAGCACAUAGCAAUCCUUACUGAAGAAAAGAAUAGGAUGAUGGGUGAAUACUUUGACAUGUGGAUAAAAAAAAGAUCAGAUUUGAUUUUGUAGGUAAACAAUUAUGGCCAUUUUACACUAUGCCAAAUUGUAUUAAAAUAUCUUGGAAAAAUCAUUUUAAAUCCGUCAUAACAGGCUUUACAUUCAUUGUAAACAUAAUCCUUAAAUCCACUUGUUCCACUCAGAUCUGGUUGGCAAAUGGAACUGGUCGUGAUGGUAGAUCUUGGAGGAACAACACAAAAUCCAAAGCCUAUUAAUGAAUUGCAAGCCAUCACCAGUGACAUCAGUGGCCAGCAGCAGUCACUGACCGAGGUUGUCAGACCACUCAGCUGGCUGCUGUAUUUGUCAGAAACUCGGAGCCUGUGAAAUAACAGCAACUCAAAGCAAGCUAAUCGACAAUAGAUAUUGCUGCAGUACAAACUGAGAUUCAGGUUUUCUUUCUGUGGUCUAUGAUGGUUUAUAGUCUGUUUAUAGAGCUGAAGAAGUUGUUAUUCUUCAUUUGGCCUUUGGAGGACAGCACACUCCUCAACAUCACCUCAGUGAUCUCAACACAGACUAGAACACCAGAGAUGUCUUUAUUUCCUAACAUCUUUGUAAAUCUCUGCUUUUUACCGGGAGAUACAGAGAAACGAACAGGUCUGAGAUCUGUGAAUACAGCAAACUGUUAUACACACGGCUGCUCCGAGGCUGACUACUUUUACCACUCACAUCAUAGCGUUACUGUCCUUGUAUGUUUGUUGAGUUGUUGCUUUUUUGUGUGUAUAAUCAUACCUCUUGGGAUAAAAUUGUGUAGAUUUGUAAUUUAUUUGUACUACAAAGAAGUUGUAGGUUAAAGAUAAAAUGAACACAAUGUUCAAUGAAUGUCCCUGUUAUUAAAAACACAUGUAUAGUGAAGCUGAUAUAAUUGCGUAUGUUGUGGUCUUAUAUUUACAUUACCAAAUGUCGACAGGGGGAAGCUCAUAGUUCUCUCAGCUUGAAAGUGUUUAAGCCCUUGAUCCUGGCUGUCGAAGCACAUUACAAACACACUGAGGGCAGACGCAAACAUAAUAUUCUGAAACAUAAGACACAAAUUGUGCAAACUUAAACUCUUUGUCCACGUUAAAAUCAAGACAUCACUGCACUUAAGAAACGGCACUGUUUGGGAGGGAGACGGUUAAAUUUGGUUUUAUUGUUGUCGUGGCUGAUAACCCCAAUUUUAGGAUCAAUAGUAACUCUUUCUUUGAAUUUUUAUUGUGAAUGUAGAUUUGCUUUUUUUUCUCUCCAAUUCUUUACAUUUUUUUGUGCAUAUUGACUUUGUGGUUGUGAUGACAAUUGAAGUUUUUUUCUAACAAGCAAGCUUACAUAUUUGUGAUUGUGUUUAUAUAAGGGUGUAAUGUUAUUGGAAUUAUACAUUAUGUUGCUGUGUCUUACUCUUUUUGAUAUCUAUAUGGUUUCAAACUAUGAUUGUCCUGAGGCCACAGGGUUAUUCUAUAUUUGUGGGUAGUGGACACAAGGAAAGCUGCAAAGUCGAGCUCAAAGUGGCAGCGUUUAUGAAGUCAAGUUGCCACACUGCCUCACAUUUUCCACCAUACACAGUAAAUGUGGUGGUUGACUGCAUUGAUCUCACAGAAUUAGAAAAUACCAGCUCCUUUAUCACAACCAACACAUACAGUAAUCUCAGUUUUACAUCCUUGCUUGUUCAUUUAUAGGUUUCCUUUUUUUUUGUGGGGGUUGGUGAAAUAUUGUCUGUCAACUACAAAUGAAAUUCAAAACCACAGUGAAGACUACUGACACUGUGCAGCAUGUCAAAGACUCAAAAACCCUUCAUUAAGGGGAAAAUCAUGCAAUACUGAAGCAACCGACCCAAACAUCAUCUGCUUUCUCGGAGCAUCAAACUGUCACAUUUUACAGAAUUAUGGCUUCAAGUGUAAAUAUAAGUUUUAUUAUUUCAUGUUUUGGCAGAUUGUUUUGUAAUCAAAACUCCAAUUUAUGUUUAUAUAUUAACAUCAUUUGCUUAACGUGAAAAUAAAGAUCAAAAGAACAA